UCAACCCAGUGAGACCGUGUUGUUUGCCAGUGCCCGAACUCUCGGUUUGGGAUCUGCUGUCGUCCUCUCAAUCUUCUCUUCUGGCGGCCGUGGGUGUUGUCGACACCUCUCCACCCAAUCCUCAUUUGUAAUCUCGUUUGAACUCAAGACAUGGAUGUCACGGUGCGCUUUAUUGACAGGAUGAAAUAGUCUGAAUAAUCCGAAUUGAAUCGAGUCGGCAAGGAUUUAACACCGCCUUUCGCAUUCAACUAACUUGACAACAGAGUCGGCGUGGGGAGAAUUUCGAACAUCUUGAUUGCAGUAAAAGUGGAAACGCAACUGCCCGCAACAGCAACAGUUAUGUUUUGACGGCUGAACAAACGAUUUGGGAAUGAAGUUACAGAAGGGUAGACGGCGGCCCUUCCAGAGGUUCUGCUGCGGGGGAAUCGGGCUUCUCGCGGUCAUUUGGCUCUCACAGGUCCUACACGUGACAGACACCAGCCUGUUUGGGAGGCAGUCAGAACACCAUGCUGGACCACAGCUUUUCAGACGUAGACUGAUGCAGGAGUGGAUGGAGAACCAGACCCUGGACCAGAACCUGGACCAGACCCCAGAACAGCCCAGAGCAGCCAUCCAUGAGUUUCCUGAAGACAUCUUCACCAAGGAGGAGCGGCGAGGGGGGGCAGUGCUUCUACACGUGCUGUGUGCUAUCUACAUGUUCUACGCGCUAGCUAUAGUGUGUGACGACUACUUUGUUCCGUCUCUCGAGAAAAUAUCCGAGAACCUUCAACUCAGUGAGGAUGUUGCCGGGGCAACCUUUAUGGCCGCCGGGAGCUCCGCCCCUGAGCUGUUCACCUCUCUCAUUGGUGUGUUCAUCACUAAGGGGGAUGUGGGGGUUGGCACCAUUGUAGGAUCUGCUGUCUUUAACAUCCUGGUCAUUAUUGGAGUCUGUGGAAUCUUUGCAGGACAGACGGUGGUUCUGACAUGGUGGUCCCUGUUCAGAGAUUCUCUGUACUACAUCCUUUCAGUGCUGGCUCUCAUCCUGGUCAUCUAUGAUGCCAAAGUGGUCUGGUGGGAGUCUCUAAUGCUCAUCUCUAUGUAUGGAGUCUACAUUCUGAUCAUGAAGUUCAACUCUCAGAUCCGGGGUUUUGUGGAGCGUCGGCUGGAGGCUUCAGGGCCGUGCUGCCGGGGCUCUGAGGCCCUGAGGGAAGAGCAGGCAGGAGAGGACGGAGCCAACUGCAACACCUCCAUGACACUGCUGAAGAAAGGGUCGUCAGGGCCGGGGGAGGAGUCGUCUCCAGUGAUGAUGGUGGACGAGAUGCUGAUCCUGAACCCCCACCAGAUGUCCUUCUCCGAGGCGGGGCUGCGGAUCAUGAUCACGCCCCACUUCUCCCCCCGGACCAGGCUCAGCAUGGCGGGGCGCGUGCUCAUCAGCGAGAGACAGAGGUUGAUCCAGAGCCCCAAGAGCCAGCAGGAUGCCGAGGCCAGCCCCCUGAAGGGCUCUGGAGGCCUGGAGAACGGAGGCAGCGUGGAGAGGCAGACUCCUGAGGGGGCCGGGGUGGAGGCGGGGGAGAAGCCGGGGGUCGAGGGCUGCCGUGCGGACGAGGAAGAUGAGGAUGACGACGCUCCUUUCAGGCCUUUCCACCUCCCUGGCAGCUGGGCUGCCCGGGCCAAGUGGCUGAUCUCUUGGCCCCUGAGCACCCUCCUCUACUGCACCGUGCCCAACUGUGUGUGGCCACGCUGGCAUCGCUGGUUCAUGGUGUCGUUCGUGGGCUCCACUCUCUGGAUCGCCAUCUUCUCCUACCUCAUGGUGUGGAUGGUCACCAUCAUCAGCCACACUCUAGACAUCCCAGACUACAUCAUGGGCAUCACCUUCCUGGCUGCCGGCACCAGCGUGCCAGACUGCAUGGCUAGCCUCAUCGUAGCACGGCAAGGUAUGGGCGACAUGGCGGUGUCGAACUCCAUCGGCAGUAACAUCUUUGACAUCCUUUUGGGGCUGGGAUUCCCCUGGGCUCUGCGUACUCUGGUGGUGGAACACGGAUCAUCGGUCUACAUCAACAACAAGGGUCUGGUUUACUCUGUAGUCCUGCUGCUGGCUUCUGUCUUCCUGACCGUGACGAGUGUCCAUCUGAACCACUGGAAGCUGGACCGCCGCCUGGGCCUGGGCCUCCUGUCCCUGUACGCCGUCUUCCUCCUCUGUUCCAUCCUCUUCGGGAACAUGUGAGGCCGUCAAGGUCAGAGGUCGACCCUGGCGGGCCCCUUCCCGUCACAUGCCAGGCUGAGCGACAUCCUCCCCCUCUGAUCCUUCCUCCUCCGGUCAUGCCAAAAAGAGUACGCUGCACACCUGCACACCUGUCUGCUGUGCUGGUGUUUGUGUGUACCACAAACGGGAUAUGAGAAGGAGGUGGUAAGCACAUACUGCACAUUGUGUACACAAACACACACGCAAUUACCCACUCAUGCGCAAAUGCACGUAGGCACACACACGCUCGCAUGCACUUACUCACACACACACACACACAGUAAAAAAAUGUUUAUCAGUAAGUUCAUUGGUACAGUGGUGUUUCAAGAGCCCUUAAACAUGGAGUAACAUAGUACAGUCAGUUUGUUUCCUUGUUUCCUGACGUUCACCUGGGAUCAAUAUAUGAAGGAUGAGACACGUCGCUUGAUUACCCAUGAGCUUUGGCAUAUUUUGCAGAAGCUCAUGGACACCAAAAGGGGCCGAUCUUCAGCUCACUGAUUGCAUUACAGUACGAUGGAUGACCUCUAAGCGGAUAUAUGUCCACAUAGUAGGCUGUCUUGUAGAAUUUCACUAAAUUAAAUGUAUUUGUUUUAUAACAAAUUGCAUGAUAACUUGUUUUUUUACAAUUGUUUGCAUAUUUUUCAAGGAGCAACAGUUAGCCACCUUUAGCUUGUAGCUUAUUUAGGGUUCUGUUGCUAUAGGUUACGAGUCACUGCUGGUCCCAUGAAAUCCAAACAUACGCGUCCUGAUGACGUGGUUGUCUCAACCUUCAUACAUUCAACCUAGAUGUUUACCUUUCCAUGUUUGUUUAUGACAUACACCCUAGCUGACUGCCUAGUUUUGUGGUUAAGCUGUGUUUGUGUACAGAUGAGCAGAACAUUAGAGCCGUGUAAGACACGAUAAUAAAGUCAAUAAACUUCUGAAGAUGCCGUUAUGUGAAUAUAUUUUGUAAGUGACUGAUAGAGUUCGAGUGAGGGUCAAAUAAUUAAUUUUGCCUGACCGACUGCUUUUGAACAAGUGUUACAAAUGACGUAAAUAGUAUUAAAGUGAAAUCAAAGAUUUAUAGCAUUUCUAGAGAUAUUAUAUGUCAAAUAUAUGUUUCUAUGAGUGUCACCACCUUUGAUAACAUGCGUACGGGUCUGUUGUAAUAGUUCACCAAGUUUAGGUACGAUCAAUGUUUGUAAAAAUUAGGAGUUUCCCAGUAUUACUAUACAACUAUUACUGUCUUCAACACUUUUUACUGUUUCUAAAUGUUUACUAAAUAUAGUUUUACAAAAAAAUGAAUGUCAGACAGAAAAUAGAUUUGUGAUGUUUUUGAUAUUUAUAAGAUCUAGAUGACGUACUUCCUAUUUGUGAAUAUUACACACUGGUACUUAAAGAUAUGUAUAUUUUUGUCACUUGGUUCAAUAAUACAAAAAAAGACUGACACUUGA